GUACAGAAGCAAAGCACAUUUCUAUUUGUUUGUUAUCUUCAAGACUAUAGUACACAAACUUGAUAAACAGAUAUUUCUGCAAUGGCUGCCCUCAAAACUCUCAUUUUUUGCUCUAUACUUCUAUAUUUGUCGGAUUUAACAAAGGCAAUGCCCACAGUUCGGAGCGGAGAUUUCGACACCCGCAACUCGGAUUUGUCGCGUGCCAUCCGAGAUAACGAAAAAGACAUUCAAGCAAUUAAGAAUCUAAUUAACCAACUCAAAGCUCAAACUGGCGAUUUGAAAACAAUUUUAUGCAAAAAUAUUUUGAGAAAAAUCGAUGAUGAGGACGACUGCUCAGCCGCCAAUCCUUUCACCAUUGACACCGAAGGAAGGAUCAGAGAUUUGCAAGCAAAAGCGCGAGACUUGGAAAAUAAAUUAGAAGAAUUUUAUGAUGGAAUUCAAGAAACAGGACGUGAUUUCGUGGAUUUGAAAACAAGGACUUCCGAGGCCUUGCAAGAGGUCAAAAGUUCAGGAGCACGUUUGAGUGUGGCCAAUGAAGAUAAUUUGGACGAGUUGGCGUAUUUGAAUGAAUUUUACGAAGAUUAUUUAGAUGUGUAUAAAUCGUUGUUUGAAGAAUAUCAAAUAAUGAAAAGUUCAUAA